GUGCAGUAAAAUAACGUUGUUUCAUGUUGUUUCUUUUGUUAUCGUGAAAAGUUUAUACCGUUUGUAAAAUUUGUAUCAUACAUUUCAUGUAAACUUUGUGCUCAGUUAGAAAUGUGAUGUGCCUUUUUCUUUUCUUUAAUUUUACUGUACGAUUGGUGAUUUAAAGUAGCAUUCUAUGUUUUGAUUCUGAUGUAUUGUCGCCAAAUCGGAUAGUUGGCGCCAAUGUUAAAAACUGGAUGGUACAUUUUGAAGAAAAUCAAUUUGAAUGCUCUAGGCAAGAUGGGCGUAAAAAACUCAAGCCCAAUGCUGUGCCAACUCUUUUCAAUGUGCCUAAUCCCCCACAACUGUUGACCCCACAGCGUCUAAAAGGCAUUGGUUUACCAAAGCACCGUUCAGUUACAUCCAAUUUUUGUAAUGGUGGCUUGCUGCACAGUUUACCUUUAUCAACUGAAGCGAUUUCUCUUGCUGAACCAUCUGUUGUUCAUUUGCCACAACCUUCAGCUUCAUAUUUUGGAGAAAUAAAUUUUGCUGCCGAAGUAUCUGAUGUUUGUUUGCAAGAACAAGCUUCAACUUCAUCUUGUGAUAAAAUGCCAUCUAUUUGUGAAGAAGCUCAUGUUUGUUUGCAAGAACAGCCUUUAGCCUCAUUUUGCAAUGAAAUACCAUCUAUUUGUGAAGGCUCUGAUGAUGUUCUUUUAAGGAAUUUUAUAAAACAGCAGACUGAAUUGAUCUCGCUUCUGCAAUGCCAGAACAAAAUAUUACUGAAAGAACUUACAGCAACCAAAAAAAAAUGAAAUUAAUGUUUUAAAAAAAUGGCAUAGCACUGAAAUUCAACUUCAUGACCUUCAAGUACAGCAUGAGGAAUUGCUGAAAGGAGUGAAAACAUUUCUUUCAGAUGAACAAAUAGCAAUGUUGAAAAUUCCUCGUAGAAGCAUUGCAAAAUGGUCUAACGAGGGAGUAAAUAAUAAAAGGCCUCAAAGUUAGAUUUGCCUUGGGCAAGCAUGGUUAUAAUUACUUGCACAGAAUAGGUUUUCCUGUGCCUUCAUACAGCACUUUAAAUAAAAGACUUCAAGGUCUUGAAAUGAAUUUUGGAGUCAUCAGUGACAUGAUUGAACUUUUGAAAAUUAAAGGAGAAAAAAUGAAUGCUAGUGAUAAAGACUGUAUUUUAUCAUUGGAUGAAAUGGAGAUUUCUGGCAAUCCUGAUUUUGAUAUUUCAAAACGUAAAUUUAUUGGUAAAUGUACAUUAGGAAAUCAAAAGGGUGCAGGAAAUCACUAUUUAGUUAUUUUACUAAGAGGUUUGAAGCUGAAAUGGAAGCAAGUGGUUGCCCAUGAGAUAACUGGACAGGUAACAGGAUGCCAGCUCAAACAACUUGUUGUCAAUGUUAUCGAAGCUGUCAAUUCUGUUGGAUUUAAUGUUGUUGGUAUUGUUAGCGAUAUGGCAGCAGUAAAUAGAAGCCUGUGGAAUUCUUUGGGAAUAUCUGUUUCUCGAAACCAAAGAAAUAAUUUCACUACUGAAAUUAAGGGCAAAAUUAUUUAUGUAUUUGCAGAUGUGCCACAUCUUUUAAAAAAUCUCUGGUCUGCAACUCUUAAUCAUAGUAUAAAACUGCCCAGUUAUGUUUGCAAUAAAGAAAAUUUGGUUACUUUGCAUGUAUCUGCAGGAUUUAUAAAAGAUAUCUGGAUUACUGAAACAAACCAAAAUUGUGGUUUGAGAACUAUGCAUCAUCUCAGCAAAGAAGACCUCUUCCCCUCACAUUUUGAUAAAAUGAAUGUUGCUUCUGCUGUGAGGUUUUUUUCAAUUAAAACAGCUGUGGAAUUGGAGAAGGCAGUAGCUUUAAAAGAGAUAAGCCCUAAUGCUCUUACAACAGCAUGGUGGAUAAGAUUUAUAUGUCAGUGGUUUCAAAUGCUAUCCUCUAGAUGUAGAAAGAACUCAAUUUCUGUGACAAAUAAAAGCAAAAAAA